AUGUCAAGUAGAGUUGCUCGAGCACAGUGUGCCAAUUGUACCUGUUCACCAGGUUUAAUCUCAAGAGCCAAUAGAAAGUCAAUUUAUAAAAGACUUAGUCUUAAUAGAAGGGAUUCAACCCCAACAAGCGGAUGCACCUCAAGAGAAGGAUCCAUUUUCACUUUUAAUCCUUCAUUGUGUUUGCCUGAUGCCAAAGAGGUCAAUACCUCUAAAAGAUUGGAAUCUUUGAGAAAGCAGAUGAAAGAACACGAUUUAGGUAUUUACAUUGUCCCAUCUGAAGACCAACACCAAUCAGAAUACGUUUCUGCUUAUGAUCAAAAGAGAAGUUUUAUUAGUGGGUUUUCUGGUAGUGCUGGUAUUGCGAUUAUUACUAGAGAUAUGAAUAGUGUUGGUGACACGUUUGAAGGUACUGCUGCGUUGUCUACGGAUGGAAGAUACUUUACUCAGGCUGUUGAUGAAUUGGAUUUUAACUGGAUUUUAUUAAAGCAGGGAGCUAAGGAUGAGCCCAACUGGAAAGAAUGGACCGUACAACAAGCAGUUCAAUUAAGUUUAGACAGUGGGAUUGCUGUGAGAAUUGGUGUCGAUCCAACUUUGAUUACCUACAAAUUGUACAAAGAGUUUCAAUCCAUUGUUGAGAAGGAGUUGACCAAGAAUGAAAAGGUGAAAAUAGAAUUUACUGCGGUGAAAGAAAACUUGAUUAACAAAAUCUGGGAACAAUUUGAGGAGUUGCCACCCAGGAAUUUAGGAGAGAUCAAGAGUUUAGAUGUAAAUUUCACAGGUAGAAAUGUGGAAGAUAAAUUGGCUGAUGUCAAAAAGCAUUUAACUGGCGAUAUUAAGGGAAUAGUGAUUUCCGCCUUGGAUGAGGUGGCUUGGUUAUUAAAUUUACGUGGUCUGGAUAUUCAAUAUAACCCUGUUUUUUACAGUUUUGUGAUACUUACAGACGAGUCUACAACUCUUUACAUUGGCGAAAAUAGGUUGCUGGAAGACAUUGUUGGGGAUUUAAAGACAGCAGGUAUUAAUAUAGAACCAUACGAAUCCUUCUACCCUAGCUUGACCACUGUUUCAACAAAAUUAUCUGAAUCCAACAAGAAGUUUUAUAUACCCGACAAUGCCAACUGGGAAGUGGUCCGUAACUUAAAGUGUGAGUUUACCCAAGGAUUAUCCCCAGUUGAAGAUUUGAAAGCUGUGAAGAAUAAUGUCGAAUUGGAAGGUGCCAAGAUUGCCCACUUGAAAGAUGGUAGAGCUUUGAUUAAGUUUUUCGCCUGGUUAGAAGAGCAGGUGAUAGAGAAACAAGAGUUGAUUGACGAAAUUGAAGCUGAUGAAAAAUUGACUGAAUUCAAACAACAGGAAGAUAAUUUUGUUGGGUUAUCUUUUGACACUAUUAGUGCCACUGGAGCCAAUGGAGCUGUGAUUCACUAUAAACCGACAAAAGGUCAGUGUUCUACUAUUAAUCCACGUAAACUUUAUUUAAAUGAUUCUGGGUCACAGUUUUUGGAAGGUACUACUGAUGUCACGAGAACAGUACACUUCCAGAAACCAACUAAAGAAGAAAUUACAAAUUAUACAUUGGUCUUGAAGGGCAACAUUGCAUUGUCGACUUUGAGAUUCCCUCAGAAUACUACUGGUAACUUGAUUGAUGCUAUUGCUAGACAGUAUCUUUGGAAGUAUGGUCUUAAUUAUGCACACGGUACUUCACAUGGUGUUGGUGCUUACUUGAAUGUGCAUGAAGGUCCUAUUGGAAUUGGACCAAGACCUAAUGCUGCCGCUUAUGCCUUGAAAGCUGGUAACUUGAUUUCCAAUGAACCUGGAUACUAUCAAGAAGGGGAUUAUGGUAUUCGUAUUGAGAAUGUAAUGUUUAUUAAGGAGAGUGAUUUGAGAUAUGAUGGCAAGUCAUAUUUAGAGUUUGAAACUGUCACCAAGGUUCCAUACUGUAGACGUUUAAUUGGUAUUCAUUUGUUAAAUGAUGAAGAAAUUUCUUGGAUUAAUGAAUACCACGCUGACAUUUGGAACAGUUUUCAUGAAAACUUUGACAAGAAUAGUUAUACUUAUAAAUGGUUGAAAAGAGAAACUGAACCAUUGGUAAAAUCAAAAUAA